AUCCAAUCAGCGGCGUCAUCAUGAACUCAAACCCCGGAAGUGACGGAUGACGCUCCGCGCCGCAACAAGGUAAACGGCUCGAGUCCGGACGGUUCGGACACGGUUCGUGAACGUGUUUACGCUCUCAGGCACGCGCAUGACGUCACUACGCGGUACGCUUUGUUGUUGUUGACGCGGAGCAAAAGGCGUGAAGAAGAGAGACCGAGGCUUUCUUUUUGGAGCGAAGUGACGUCACAGCGCGCCAAAAGGUGUUGUUGUUGUUGCUGCAGCGUCAGGACGGACACGCGCUCACGCGCGCGCACAGUGUUCCCUCGUGAAGAAGAAGACUCGUCGUUCUCUUCCAGGACGCACGUGCGGGAUUCACGCGCAACGGCAGCAGCUCCACCCGGUUGGGACUAUGAGUGACAUGGCGGAGGAGGUGGAGGACCAGGAGAGUCUGACCAAGAGCAACUCCAAAAUAUCUGGUGAAAUCCUCGACGGGAAGCGGGCGAAGAAAUCGGUCGAGCGGUUCGACUUCCAGGCGCCGAAGCAAAAGGAGAAGCUGAAGUUCGGAGACGGGAGCGGAGAUAAACUCGGAGACAUCCCGCGAACCGGCCACCAGAUCACCAGGAUGAAGGCGGCCGACCUGAAACCGCUGCACUUCAUCUUGUUCGACCGGCCGGGGAAGAUGGCGUCCUUGAAGAAGAACCUGCGUCUGUUUAACGGAUUUCCUUUCGACGCCGACAGCGGACAGUACUCCAAAAAACGAGAAAAACUUCUCAAGAAUUCUAACUUCACCAACACCAAACUGAAAGUCGUCUGCGGCGUUUUGGAUCUGGAGAAGAAAGGAACGCACCCGGACCUGGUGGACCGGAUCCUGACGUUCCUCACCGCGCCGAAGAACAGUGGAAAGCGUCUCCCCGUGAAGAAGAAGAGGAAAUCGAAGAAGAAGCUGUCGGGCGAAGACUCAAAGUCCAACUCCAAGAAGAAGAGCAACCCCCGGCCCAGCAGCUCCUCCUCCAGCCCCAAGAAGUCCAAACCGGGGAGCAAGUCCAAAGCCAUCGUCAUGGACUCCAGCAGCGAUGAGGAGGAGGAGGAGGAGGAGGAAGAGGAGGAGAAGGCCGGGGCUGAGGGAUCGGAUACCGAGGACAAGCCGUCGGAAAAAGAGGAGGACCAGUCGGACAAGUCGGAAGAGUCUUCAGACGAAGAGGAGGAAGACGAGUCUCCCAAAUCAAAGUCCGGCAGAGGGAAGUCGGCGUCCAAGACAACGGCGCCGGUGAAAAGACCGAGAACACCAACGAAGAAGACGGGUCCUCCUAAAAAGAGGGCGAAGAAAGACGUUUCAGAGGAGUCGGAGUCCGAAGCCGACGAGAAGCCCAUGAAGAAGAAGUCGGCUCCGGUCAAACCGGCCCCUAAAACCAAGAAGGCCGACAGCAGCAGCAACAGCAAAAACAACCUGAACACAGCGGCGGACAGCUCGGACGACGACGCGCCGCUCAUCAAGAUGGUGAAGAAGUCUCCGAGUGAAGAGCAGCUGAAGGAGACGGUGAAGACGCUGCUGGAGGAGGCGGACCUGGAGGAGAUGACCAUGAAGCAGAUCUGUCAGAGGGUGUUUGACACUUUCCCGAACCACGACCUGACCAGCAAGAAGGAUUACAUCAAACAGACCGUCAAAUCUCUCAUCACAUGAAGAAGAGUUCAACUUCACAAAAGAAGAACAACUUUUUCAUAUCUAAUUUGUUUUUCACACAGUUUUCUAAAUGUUUUUGUUUAUUGUUGUUAUUAUUAAUGUGUUUGUGCUGUUGUCAACAAGUUUAAAGCUUUCUGGCAGAUUUAUGAGGAAAAAGACAAACUUUUAUUUUUUUCCAGUUUGAGUUCAGAAGCUGAAAAGUUGUUUUUCUUUGAAGUUUGUUUGUUAACAUUUUUAGGUUAAUAUGUAAAUAUGUUUCUGAUCAGGUGAUUAAAUCAUUUUGUUAACUUUUUAUUUUGCUCUUUCAAACAAUAAUUUACAAAUUAAAACCUUUUAAAUGAAAUUGUGACGAAAUUAAAUUGUUUUUGUUUUUUAUA